UGGUUCGUAUUAAAGGGUCAAAAGAGAAACCACGAAAAGAUUGAUUUUUCCCUACACGAAAUUCCAAUUAGUUGGUUGAAAAUUUUUACAGCAUUCACAUCGUAAACGCGCUUAUUUUUUUACGGAAAACAAAAAUAACCCAUAAUUUAAUAAAAAAAAUUUAAUUGUAGAAAUCUAGUUGAAAAGUUAAUUAAAACUAACUGUGCUUAAAAAACUACUGGCUGUUGAAAACAAUUAACAGAAAAAACAUAGAGCGCGUGUGAAAAUAAUUUCAUAACAAAAAUUGAAAAAAGAAAAAUUUAUAAAAAUCAAUUUUGUAUAACAACCAACGAAAAACGCAAUUUUUUUAUAAAACAAUUUUUUACUUAAUUUUAAAAACAUCUUGCUUUUGUUAAAAAAAGAAAAAAUUAAAAUUUUUUAAAUUGGAAAAAUUAUGUAAAAACUAGGGGUUUUCAAACAAAAUUUUCUUCCUCUACUUUUUUUUUUAUCAGAGAAUAAAAAUCUUCAUGGAAGAAGUGUAAUAAAAAAGAAAAACAAGAGAAAUCACCUGAAUUUUUUACAUCACUAAAAGUAACAAAAAAAAAUCAAGCAAGCAAGAAUUCGUUUGAGGAAAAAAAUACAUAAAUAAAAAUUAACAAACCCCCCUUUUUGGAAACCGAAAAAAAAAAAACGGAACUUAACCUAAAAACAAACGAAGAGAGUUUAAAACAGACAAAAAGUGAGCAACAUUAAUAAACAACAAAAACAUUAUUGGGAAGAAGCUAAAAAAUAAAGAACAUACCCAAGCAUAAGAAAUUGUCAACUACCCAACUAAGAAGACAAGCUAAGAAACAAGAGAACGAGGCGGAGGUGGCGGUGUCAGUUUGUUGACGCUACAAUUGUUUUUAAUAAUAGCCCAAAAAAAAACGAAUUUUGAAAACAAGAGCUGAAAAUUAAGACAAACAAACAGUUGUUACUUGUUCCGUAAUACAUACAACUAGAGAACUAACACAUAAACUGAGGAGCUGCAGAAAAACAAGCAAUAGAAAAAUUUCCUUUUUUUAUACAUACAAUCAUAAACAACAGACUACAAAAUGGAUUCUUUAAAAAUAUCAAAAAGUUCUUCAACUUCAUCGACUAAUAACGCCUCAUCGCCCAGCACAAAUAAGCCCACGGCAGGUCAAACCUCCUCCACCCAAACUACAGUGCCCAUAACUGUGCGUUUUAAUGCUGGCGAUGAAUGUAUUGAUGACAUAUUUCAAUCGUUUCAUACAACAAAUACCACUAAUACGUCAGCCACAAAUACAGGAAGUGGCGGAGGAGGUGGUGGCGGCAAUGUAGGUAUUGGUAGUUCCUCAUUAGGUUCUUCUAAUGCUAACAAUGGCACAGGCGCUAGUGGUGGAGGCGGAGAUUCCCUAUCAACCAGUCCUUCACUACAUCAUCAAAAUCCUAUAAAUAAUCCUGAUGAAGUAAAUACCCGUAAUAAUUUUCUACAAGGCAACUUCUUUAAUCGUAAAAGAUCUGGCAGUAUUGAGGGCAUCUCACCGACAUCGGUUGGUCCUAACCUAAUAGCCGCUUUAUCGAGCAGUGAUGCCACUUCGAUUGGUACAUGGCGCAUGAUAAAAGGUAAAGUUUCACAAACAAUUGAAGAUAUAAAAUCAUCUAAAGGUAGUACAACAAAUAUUACUACAUUACAACCCCAAUCAUAUCCAACUAUUAUAAUCAAAGGAGGUGAACCACAGCCAUUUACAGGCUUUGAAUACGAUUCGGAUCAGGAAACAAAAACCUCUUUAAGUGAAGAUUUAUCAGUGGAACAGGACAGACGCAGCUCGGGUGGCAGUGCCAAACAUAAAAGAUCUAGUAAAUUGGAAGACUCUGAUUCGGAAUUUGAAAAUGAAAUAUUGCUAGAAGGUGACUCUGAACAUUCACGUUUACGACGUGGCUUUGCCCAUCUCAAGUCGAAAGUCAAGGCCAAACACGCAGCUCAUCAAGCACAAAAAGCUACACUCUCUACCGCAUCAGUUUCCACACCAGCCAGCCAUUCGGCCAUAGCAGCGGUUAAGAAGGAUACCAGUCCUAGUAGAAGUACCGGUUCAUCGUCCUCAUCGGCUUCUUUGAGAGGCAACUUUUUGAGAAGACGCCGUAAUAAGGGUGUAGAAACAGCCGAACUGGCCUCACCCACCAAUAUGGCAUCGGCUUUAGCGGCCACCGUGGCAGCUAGUGGUGAAAUGGCCGCCGUAGUGCCAGUAGUGGUAAGUGGCAAACCGGCCAAGAAAACCAAGGGCGUUACAGUGGGUAAAAAGGAUAUUGAAAUUGAAUCCGGUGUAGAGAUGUUAGAGGAUAUGAUACCGCCACCCGUUCCACCCACUGAAGAUACUUCACCCGAUUCCAUACCACCAAAACGUGAUGAAUUAGAUUUGCCCUUGCAAACCGAUAACCUUAACACUCCUUCCUACAAGGACUACACUCUGAAAAGUAUUAAAAUGCUGUAUGAAUGCAAUGAUCCUACAAAUACGACUCCCAACGAGUCUCGUCUAUCCUCGGAUAGUGCUGCUUCCAUUACCCAGGCAAAUCCAACUGACAAUAAACAUUCCUUUUGGGACUAUUGGUAUCAACUUGUUAAGCAUGCCAAAUAUUUACCUUGUAUCUCUAUUAUGGGUUUGAUAACGAUUUUCAUUUUACCCUUAAAUGAUUUUAUACGCGGUGUUUUAACUUGUUUGCUCGGCAUAACAAUUGUUGAUGGUCUGUGGAAUUUCAUACAAACGAUUAUUGAACGUUAUGCGAUACAUUUUAAGCCGGAAAAAACUACGUUCCAUAUACCCGACUAUAGUAAAAUGACAAUAUGUGAAGUGCCGGCGGUAAAGGAGUAUAAAACUGUUAAAUCGUAUGGGGGUUGGAUGAAUGAGAUUGAUAGUUAUGAUCCAAAUACAUUCAGUAUUAACAUGGCUAGAUCGGUUUAUAUUAAACUGGAGGGUACAGUAUUACAUAUAUCCACUACAAAUGCUCGCAUACCCAAACGUGUCAUGUGGAAUGAAUUGCCCAUAAAUCGUAAAACUAUUAUAUUCACCACACAUCGUAGUUACGAUUUACUAGGCUGUCGUAUUGAAUUAUUGCCUAUUGGCCUGGCUAGAAAAAGACACUUUAAUCGCAAAUAUCCCAUACAACUCAUAAUAAAAGAUGGUAAAAUGGCCCCAGCAGCCGAUGAUGACGAUGUCGACACCAAACCUUUAAGACGUAGAUUUAGCCGACAUCGCAGCAAGCGUGAAAAGCCAGAGACACGUGAAUUAUCGGAAAAUAGCAACAAAUUAAAUGAAACAGAAACGCAAACACAAGAAUCUGGUGGGGAAAUGGAUUUUGGAGCCACUAUUUUGAAUGCAGAUUUGCAGAAAUUGCAAGAUGACGUAAAUCCUGAUGAGGAUUUAAACAAUAUAACCGUACCAUGUGGUGAUGAAGUUCGUAUAUUAUUAUUUGCCAGAAGUGCCAGGGAAAAAGAAGAUUGGUAUAGACGUUUUGUAGCUGGUAGCACAGGUGAUGUCCAUGAUCAAGAUUUACAUUUGAGUAAUGUAAAACUAAUUAAUUCUAAGGAUUUACAAGCUGCUGCUACUAAAGCGGCUCAAUUAAUAACUAAUCCUAAGCCUAAAGAUAAUGUUGUUACUGGUUCUGGCAAAUCUUCGAUGUCUGAGCAACAAAGAGAAUCGGCCUCAUCCAUUAAUUUUGAAGAUUUAGUUGAUCUUUCUCCUGCUGUUACUGAAAAAGAGGAACAGGAACGUGAUGAUGAAUCUAUAGAAUUUAUGCCAGAUGAUGCUGAAACUAUUGAAGGUCUUUUAAUGUUAGCCAGUGCUGCACGUAAUGACGCCAAUUAUAUUAAAUUUAUGGCUUUAUAUCAGAAAGCUUGUAGACAAUCAAAGAUUCCAGUUUAUAAAGGACAAAUAAUUCAUGAUCCUCUAGACAAGAAAAGCAACAAACGCACAGCUCGCCAUGAAAAUGAACUUUGGAAGGGCAUAGAUCAGUCGUUAUUCUUGGGCCCAUCUGGCAGCGUGGUAUGGGCUAACGUUUUAAUAGGCCGCCUACUAUACAGCACCCUACAAAAUGAACAGCUACUGGAAAAAAUACAAGACAUCUUGCAAAAGAAAUUGAAUUCCAUUAAGCUUCCCAGUUUCAUGGAGGAUGUGGUCAUUAAAAACAUCGACCUUGGUAAUACACCUCCGCUAAUUCAUCGUGUUUCACAGCCCAUGCUCGAUGAACGUGGCAUAUGGCUAGAUAUGGAUUUGACCUAUGAGGGUCAUUGUCAUAUAACGGUUACGACUAAAAUGAAUUUGUUACGUCUUAAACGUCCAAUGCGUAGUAAUCCGCUGUUUGUAGAUGCAAAACUAGAUGCCACCAUACCAAAUCCGCACCUGGCUGCAUCUUUGAAAGAUGAACUUUUGGCAGCCAGUAAAGCAUCACGAGGUGGUAUUAACGAAGCGGAAUUAUUAAUAGAAAGUGCUUUGACAGGUAGUGCUAUAUUUGACAGUGAUGCUGAAAGUACUGGCAGUUCGAGUACUGAAUCCGAUAGUCCUAUUGCUGGUACAAUGGGUGAAAAUCCGAACAGUGUUAGUGAAGGCGCCACAAAUCCGGGCAAUGCCAGACGUAUAUUCAAAUUUGUUGAUCGUAUUGCAACUUCCAACUUUUUCCAAUCAGCUACGGAAUUGUCUUUUGUACAAAAAGCCAUGGAGAAUAUGAGUACUACCAUAACAUUAGGCAUAGAUUUAAGAGGUUUAGUUUCUCGUGUAACAAUAAAUAUACCUCCACCGCCCUCGGAUAGAAUAUGGCUAGCUUUUCGUGCUCCACCACGCCUUUGGCUUACGGCUCGGCCCACUGUGGGUGAUAAAUCGGUUGAUUGGAGCAUUGUUACCAAUGUUAUUGAGGGCAAACUAUGCGAGGCUGUUAAUAAAUACUUAGUAUAUCCCAAUAUGGUCGAUUUGACUGUGCCAUUUUUGGGUAAAUCUGCAGCUUCCGAAUCAUAAGAAUUAAACAAUUUUCUGUAUUUAUUUAUGUUGUUCCAUUCUAUAUGUUUGCCGUCUAUUUAAGGACAAAAUUUACUAUUAUUACUAUUAUUUUUUUUUUUAAAAUUAUUAAAAUAUAUAUACAAACAAUAUAUACAAUUUAUGUAAAUUUCUUUUAACAAAUAUCAAAUGCAAAGAAAUUGUUAACGUAUUUUUCUAACUAAUACUCUCUAAAAAACCAAAAUGGACAAAACAAAAAAUAGUUAAACUAUUUUACAAUUUUAUUCCUUAAAUAUUCCCAUUUUAAGUAUUAAACUAAUAACUAUUAUAAUAUUUAUAUUUAUCGCAGACAACAGAAAAGACAGAAUAGAAAUUAUAAAUUACUACUAUUAUUUAAACAAAAAAUAAAAUAAAUAAACAGUACACUUCUACAUAUAUAUUUUUUUAUACAAUUAUAAUAUUAUAAUUAACUAUAUCAUUUUAUUUUAUAUUUUAUAUAUAAUAUAAAGAAAACAAUUUAUUUAUACUUAUUAUUAUCAGUUUUUUUAUACCAAUUACUCUUAUAAUUAUAUAUUUUUCUAACAUUUUUAGUUUAUAAUUUUUCUUCAUUUAAACAAUGAUAGUGAUAACGUUUUUUGUAUCUGAUACACUCUCUAUACUCAAAAUUGAUUUUUUUUGUGUUUUUUUUUUUAUUUGCCAGCGGCUUUAUUGAAAUAAACUUAAUGUAUUCCUAUUGAUAUCAUUUUUAAGAAAACAACUUAUUCUUGUUUAAGAUUAUUUAAAAUAUUAAAUAAAAAAAAAACAAUUAAAAUUAAA